AUCCGGUGCUAUAAAGACUGCCACGAGUUGGCAAUGUAAGCGAGAGUCCAUCUUGAACAGCAGCCGCAGGCUCAGGAGGUUCAAAGAGUAAGCCGGGAUAAAAGGCAGUCGCGAUGGCCGACGCUGAGCAGCAGUUCAUGGAGACCUCGGAGAACGGGAACGAAGAGGAGGACCUGGACGGCGCAGAGCCCUCGGAAGAACAGCCAGAGACGGAGGAGCAUGUAGACGAGGGGGCAACGGCGCAAGAUGACUCUCAAAACGGCUCGGAAGAAGGAGGACAAAUCGACGCCAGUAAGAGCGAGGAGGAUGCGGGCAAAAUGUUUGUUGGAGGACUUAGCUGGGACACAAGCAAGAAAGAUCUGAAAGACUACUUUUCGAAGUUUGGGGAGGUGACUGAUUGUACCAUCAAAAUGGACUCAAACACUGGUCGGUCACGUGGGUUUGGAUUCAUCCUCUUCAAAGAUGCAGCUAGUGUAGAAAAGGUGUUGCAGCAGAAGGAACACCGGCUAGAUGGGCGACAAAUUGAUCCCAAGAAAGCAAUGGCAAUGAAAAAAGAUCCAGUCAAGAAAAUCUUUGUUGGUGGCCUUAACCCUGAGACAACAGAAGAGAAAAUCCGGGAGUAUUUUGGGGCCUUUGGAGAGAUUGAGUCAAUUGAACUUCCCACGGAUCCAAAGACAAACAAAAGGCGGGGAUUUGUCUUCAUUACUUACACGGAGGAGUCUCCGGUUAAAAAAGUCUUAGAAAAGAAAUACCAUAAUGUUGGCGGAAGCAAGUGUGAGAUUAAAAUUGCUCAACCCAAGGAGGUGUACCAGCAGCAGCAAUAUGGAGGUCGUGGGGGCUAUGGUGGGCGUGGUCGGGGGCGUGGUGGACAAACUCAAAAUUGGAACCAGGGAUACAGCAACUACUGGAAUCAGGGCUAUGGCAGUCAGGGCUAUGGGUAUGGUAGCCAGCAAGGCUAUGGCAACUACAGCGGUUACGGCAACUAUGACUAUUCUUCUGGCUACUAUGGUUAUAGUGGUGGAUAUGACUACAACCAGGGUAAUACGAGCUAUGGGAAAACUCCAAGACGUGGAGGCCACCAGAGUAGCUACAAGCCAUACUGAUAACGCAUAGUGCAGGCCAUAAGUAUUUUCAGUCCAAGAACCCAUGACGGCAGCACAGUCAUACAAGUUGGAUCUCUCUGCUUUUUGGUAUAAUGGGACUCAUGCUCCACUUGUACAGGAUCAUGGAUGAAUGCGGAAGCAAUGUCACUUUUCCACUUCUUUUUUUUUUUUUAAUUAUUAUUAUUAUUUCUGUUUUAUUGGUUUUUGUCCACAUUUCCAGUCCUGGAAGUGUAAUUUUUACUGUACUUUUUGGUACCUUUUUUGAAUCUAAUGUAUUGUAUGGUUGUAUUUUACGUGUUAACUGGAUUUGCAGCAAUUGAGAAUCGGGAGCUAUCAGAGCUUUUGAAAUAAAACAUUUGAGUAAUUUUUUUCCAGUGUUUCCAGAUUUGCUGUUUAUUUCUCUGUUGCAUGUCUGCAGUUCUACAACCACGCAAGGGAGAAGGGUAUAAAGGGAUUGUGGAAGAUCAGUGUUAUUUUUAGAUGUCUAGUGAAUAUCAGCAGUAUUAGUGUUACAGCAACUGGCACAUUUUGGCUUAUUUUGGCUUUCAAGUUCUAAUUUGACAGAGCUUUUAAGUGACUGAUCAAUAAAUGCUAAAACAUAAGCUUGCUGCUACAGCUGAGAAGUGCAAGGAGCAUAUUCUGCUUCUACUGAACUCUCAUUCCUAUAGUGUUAUUGACUGACUUUAGAAAUAAACCUUGUUUACUAUU